CUUGGGAACUACAAGAUCUAAAGCACAAACCACUCUGAAAAAGAGGCCGUUGAAAACAUUUCCGCAUUCCUUUUUAUUUAUGAGUUCAAAGUAAUUUAGGGUUUUGGAUCUGAAGUAGCGAAAAUGAAUUUAUUCAGAUUAGCAGGUGAUAUGACUCACCUGGCCAGCGUUCUCGUCUUGCUCCUCAAGAUCCACACCAUCAAAUCUUGCGCCGGUAUCUCUUUGAAGACGCAAGAACUUUACGCCAUCGUUUUCGCUAGCCGUUACCUGGACAUUUUUACUGAUUUUAUCUCCCUUUACAACACUUUGAUGAAGCUGAUAUUUUUGGGAAGCUCCUUUUCGAUUGUCUGGUACAUCCGUAGCCACAGCGUUGUUCGAAGGUCUUACGAUAAAUCCCAAGACACUUUCCGCCAUUAUUUUCUGCUGUUGCCUUGCUUGCUCUUGGCCCUUCUCGUUCAUGAGAAAUUCACCUUCAAAGAGGUAAUAUGGACCUUUUCGUUGUAUCUAGAAGCUGUCGCCAUACUUCCUCAGCUUGUACUCCUGCAAAGGACUAGAAACAUUGACAAUUUGACUGGCCAAUAUGUGUUUCUUCUUGGUGCAUAUCGAGGACUAUACAUUCUUAAUUGGGUUUAUCGGUACUUCACUGAACCACACUAUGUCCACUGGAUACCUUGGAUUUCCGGGAUUGUGCAGACACUCCUUUAUGCAGACUUUUUCUACUACUACUUUGACAGCUGGAAGAAUAACAAAAAGCUCCAGUUGCCGGCGUGAUUCCUUGUGCAAAGGAUUACAAGUGUCGAACUUUUGUUUUUGAACAUUCAUUCCAUUUUACAUAUCAUUUAGUGAUGUAUACCUUCUUAGAUAAAACCAAAAAAAAGUCGAUUGAUUUUGAAUGUUUUAAUCCAAGUUGGUUCAUAUAAUUUCAGUUAGCUUUAAGAGA